CUCCUCCAACCACAACUAUCCACUGCUGUACACAGUAAGUCGUGCUGGGCGACUCUGAGACUCCUUCUUUCCAAGUCGCAACCUCCCAACUAGCCAUUUUUUAUUCUGCACCGUCGUUACAUAUGUUCCGAUAGACCUCCGCCCGUGCUUAAUCUCUCCAUGGCUCUUUGGGGCAAUCCACUGGCUUUCAGGCCUCGGCCUGUCAUCGUCUUCGUUACCGUUACAUACAUAGCUCUCUUGGCUGCAUUACUCUCGGUUCACCUCACAGUUCCUCACUAUCCCAAAUCAACACCUUCUGGUAUCGAUCUCACACAAGCCUGGAGUGAUCUCGAGUACAUAACCCGACAGUUCCAUCCGUACAAUUCUCGAGCGAACGAUGACGUGCGUAAGUACCUACUAUCACGUGCUCGUGAUAUAGUAGCCUCCAAGAAGCUGGGUAAAGAUCAGGUGGAAAUUAUCGAUGACACCAUAUCCAACGUCACAUUCGCAGAGAGGCAGACGACUGUCUACUUUGAGGGCACCAACAUCAUCAUUGCCAUCCGUGGAUCUGACGAUGAGGACCCGAUUCCCCUUUCGCAAGACUCUCGUUCUCCAACUAAUGGUGGUGUCCUUGUGAAUGCUCAUUAUGAUUCCGUUAGCACUGGCUUUGGUGCAACAGACGAUGGGGUUGGUGUCGUUUCCAUUCUACAACUACUUUCCUACUUCACAGAGCCUCGCAACUGGCCAAAGUCAACCAUCGUCUUGCUACUCAACAACGGAGAAGAAGACUUCCUCAACGGUGCAAAGGCAUUCAUGCGUCAUCCCAUUUCUCAAGUGCCCCACACCUUUCUGAACCUUGAAGGCGCUGGUGCAGGUGGCAGAGCAACGUUGUUCCGAUCCACUGACACCGAAGUGACGCGCUUUUACAAGCAGUCGAAUCAUCCUUUUGGGACGGUGAUAAGUGGUGACGGGUUCAAGAAACGUCUCAUUAGAAGUGAGACUGAUUACGUUGUUUUCAACGGUGAACUAGGCCUCCGUGGUCUUGACGUGGCCUUCAUGGAGCCAAGAGCUCGCUAUCAUACAGUGGAAGAUUCGACGAAGGAGACGUCCCUAAACUCUUUAUGGCACAUGCUCGAUGCAGCCAUCUCAACAGUCUCUGGUUUAGCCUCCGAUACAAGCACCGAAUUCGAUGGCGACAACAGGAGUCCCCAAAAUGGUAAGGUAGACGCCGGCAGCGGCACCGAUGCUGUUUGGUUUGAUAUCUUGGGGAAGGCAUUCGUGAUAUUCCGUCUACAUACUCUGUUUGCUAUCAACGUCACCCUGUUGGUCGUCUCUCCACUCGUUCUAAUCGGGCUUACUGUCGCAUUAUCGAAAAGCGAUAGGAACUAUCUGUUUGCCUGGAAGAAAUACGUUCACUCGUCUGAUGAUGACGAAUAUGUACAACUCAACGGUUGGCGGGGAUUCUUUCGGUUCCCUAUUGCAUUCGCUGCGGCAACGGCCGCCGAUAUUGGUCUGGCAUUUCUUGUUGUCAGGGUGAACCCACACAUCGUUUAUAGCAGCCCGUUCGCCGUCUGGAGCAUGUUACUCUCAGCUUGGCUUUUCGUGCUCUGGUUCAUCCUCAGAGGAGCAAGUGCCAUGCGUCCUUCAGCUCUGCAGCGUAUAUACACCCUCAUCUGGUUAUUCGCCGGCAAUUUCGUGCUCCUCACAGGUGCCACUAUCUUCGCCAACAAUUAUCACAUCGGCGGUGGCUAUUUCAUAACUUUCUACUUUGCCUCCGUCUUCUUCGCGUUGGUCAUGUCUUACAUCGAACUGCUCUUCUUGCCUACCAAGUCGGCUUAUGCUGCCAAUAAUGACAACAACAAUGGGUCCAGGAGAGGCUCUGAAGCUCCCAGCCGGCCUUUGACCGGAUCAACCAAUAACACCCGAACUGAGGAACGUCCAGUGGUAGACGAUGAUGCCACUGAGACCACCUCAUUACUUCGUGGUGACCGAAGAAGCUUUCGACGAUAUGGAAGCAGGCGGCAGUCUGUUAGCGACGGGACCGAGCAAGAAGAACAACCACAGUCCUUCGACAAAGGCGAUGUUUUCCCCGGCGAGCAAGAGUGGAGUGGGAAACUUCCAAGCUCUUUAUGGAUCAUCCAACUAAUCCUGCUCAUUCCUUUCAACGUCAUCCUAGUAGGGCAAGUGGCAUUGUUAUUAACUUCAGCGCUAUACCAGACGCCGGCCGAUGGCAGCUCCUCGCUUUUCAUCUAUAUUGGGUUUGCAAUACUCUCCGUGCUGCUUCUCACUCCUGUUGGGCCCUUUAUCCAUCGCUUUACCUAUCAUAUCCCGUUGUUCCUCUUUUUGGUCUGCGCGGGUACGGUAAUUUACAAUCUAGUCGCUUUUCCGUUCUCCCGAGAACAUCGCCUAAAGGUCUACUUCCUCCAAGAGGUGGAUCUUGAUGCCGGCACAGAUCAAGUUUCUCUUACCGGGCUAGAUGACUACGUGCGAGGUAUCAUCAAGGGAAUACCCAGUGCGCAAGGCAAGCAUCUUGAUUGCACGACGCCCCACAUUGCGACGCGAAAAGAGUUGACCAAAUGCGCAUGGGAGGGGCUGCCAGCACAGGUCGUACCCAAGGCCGCCGCACCCUAUGGCAAUCAUAGUUACCUCGACACCUGGCUCGACUACUCCAUCAACACGACGAAAGGGGCCAAUAACGCUACGAUUCGCGUCGUUGGCAAGAACACGCGCGCAUGUCGCAUUCUUUUUGACUCGCCCAUCCUGGAAUUGGCAAUUGAUGGGGGUGUUUCAGACCCUCGCUUUAAUGCAACUGGCCCCAACGGCACGCGCGAGGUGCGCCUCUGGCACCGUGAGUGGUCUCAGCCCUGGGACGUUAGCGUGACAUGGGACCGUAGCCGAAAUUCCACGCUUUCUGGAAGCAUCGUCUGCCUCUGGUCUGAUGCAAACACAGACGCCAUCCCCGCUUUCGAUGAGAUACGCCACUAUCUCCCUGUAUGGGCGAUCGCGACGAAAGUCAGCGAUGGCCUGGUAGAAGGAUCCAAACGUUUCAAAAUAUAGGCUCUCGUCCUGCUCGCCCACGACCCUGGGUCAAUGCUGCUUCUCCUUUUCUUUGCUGCGAUUUCUGUGCUUCUGCAUUUAAGCCUGGCGUUCCUAGUCAUUAAUCCUCGACAUUGUCAUUAAUGAAAUUCAAUGCGCGCUCCUCGCCUUCCCGACCAUCACCUCUCUAUGUCCUCUCCUGCAUCUAACAUUUCGCCUGCAUUUCUUCUCUUCUAGUUUGAACGCCUUCACAAUUGUCUUGAUUUAUGCGAUGUACACAUUUCUAGCUUAUCACUAUUAGUAAAAUAUACGUAAGGCAU